UGAAUCAAAAAGAGAAAAUGAAGUUAAUAUUAUUUUUGAUUAUUCUGGCAAAUUUCUAUAUGAUUUCUGGUCAGAACAUAUUCAUUAAUUGUCGAUACGUGGAGAUUGAUCCGGAUAAAAAAUACACUUGCGAUUUUACUAUUAAUAAUCCAUAUGGAUUUGACAAUUUUACUGACAUUCCUGGAGAACAUUUACCUGGAAAGUCUGACAAAGAUGUUGCAUCAGUUGAGUAUCACUUUCGUCGUUUUGAUUUCUCUACAAAUAUUCCAUCAAUAAUUUGUCGAAAGUUUCCAAAUCUUAUACAUCUAUUCAUGUUUAGUGUUGGAAUUGAGAAAAUUGAUGAAUUUGAGCUUAGAGAUUGCAAAAAUAUUACUUUUCUUUUGAUGGGAUCGAACAAUAUUACCUCAAUUGCUGAAAAUGCUUUUGUUGAAAAUACAAAACUGACGAUUUUUAUGAUUCACGAAGAACCAAUUAAGACACUUCCUGAAAAUCUCUUCGAAAAACAACAUAAACUUGAAUAUCUAAUUUUGGCUGAUAACAAUUUUGAUGACCUCCCAGAAAAUAUAUUUCGUUCAUUAAAAUAUCUCAAAUUCUUUGUGUUUUGGAAAAAUGGAAUUAAAAAUUUGAAGCUUGAAUGGUUCCAUCCAUUAGAAAAUGUCGAAGAGUUAUGGCUAAAUUCGAAUUAUUUUGGUGACAUUCCGAAAAAUAUUUUUACUCAUUUAAGUAAUUUAACUGAUCUUGAAAUGCUUGAUACAGGCGUUAGUGUGAUUCACUCAGACUCUUUCGGAAUUCAUCCAAAUUUGACUAGAAUGUUCUUCAAUAACAAUUUAAUUUAUGCCAUCGAUGAGAAAUUUUUCGAUAAUGUCAAUCCAAAUGUUGAAGCAGAUUUUAGGAGGAAUAUUUGUACCAAUCGACGUGCAGUUGGCAUUAAAGAAGUUAAAAAAGAGUUUCGGCAAUGUUUCGACAAUUAUAAAAAGUUAUCAGAGUCGUCAAUUGAUCAUCCGAUCAAAAAAAUGACGAAUGCUAUGAACAGCAAUAUCAGACCUGAUCAAAGGAACAUCAAACUUGAAAAUAUAAUCAAGCAGUUGAGACAAAGAAUAAAGUUUUAA